AAAAACGAAAAGAAAAAUCAAUGCAGCAAAAUGAUAACGAGCCCGGACCUGGUUUCGAAUAUUUCUUGAACACUCACUGUCAAGACUGGGAUGCAAUUCAAUACCAUGAAGCGUGGAAGAUAAUUAGCAGGUCACAUUCAGUAGCUACCCAUGGAACUACGUCUUCGCAUGGUUACGGACUACGUCUCCGCUACUACAGCUACCCAUGGAACCACGUCUUUGCAUGGUUAAGGACCACGUCUCCGCUGUUGGCUACAGCUACCCAUGGAACUACGUCUUUGCAUGGUUAUGGACUACGUCUCCGCUGUAGCCAGCUUCUUGAAUCUAGGAAGAUGGGGCGUAUCGAUAAUUUUUGGUCGAGAUCUUUACCUGUUCUGAAGAGCAAUAAUCCUAGAGAGAAUGAAAAACUAAACGCAGAAAAUAUAUUUUUAUCUUGUAAUUUAUCCUGCGAUGGAGUACAAUUUGCUGGUACUGGUAAUAUUAUUCAGGUGCAUAAACAACCUUAUAAAAUUCACGAGCAAUCGGGUGUUAAAGAACCUCCUUCCAGGCUCAGAAAAAGAAACCAUUCAAUAAAUUAUGUCGAAAGCUCAUCGGGAGAAGAAACAGAUUCAGAUUACGAGGAGAAAUCAAAGAGGAUGAAAAAUGAAUCUUCCAGUUCCUUCCCGAAGCUACCGGAUGACGACGAGAAUGAUGAAAGCGAGAGUGAAGCAAUUACCAGAAAAUUAAAGAGAUUAAAAAAGCGCCUAGAAUCUCAGUCAAGAAAUGAGCGCGAAAUUAAUGUGUCAAAAAAGUUCAAAGAAUUUCAAAUACAAUUAAUAGAAAAUGUAAUAAAUGGGAGGGUAAAAAUAACAUGGAAUGAUAAAUACGAAACUUUGUAA